AUGGGGAACAAAGGAUCCAGCACGGGGAACAGCGUGGAUAUUUGGUCUCUAAAUCAGGAGAAUGGAAGAUUCCGUUAUACCGGCUCAGUCCACGCCAUCGACAACCCAGCGCUGGAUGCAGCAGACGACAUUUAUCAACCGACAAUCCCCGAACACCCUCACGAGAAUGGUCAUGCGGAGGAGAAAAGCAACGACACAAAAGUGGACGAGAACGGUUUAGACAAGCCUAACGGGAUAUUGAAGAAUGGGAAAGUUGAAGAGAGCAAAGAAUCUGGCUCUGAGGAGCAGAGUCGGGGAGAGUUUGAAAACUCUGAAACAGCAGCUGUCACGCCGCGGUCGUCUCAUGCUGAGCUCAAACUGAGCGGAAGUAACUUGAUGCAGGCUGAUUGGGAGAUCCGUCCACGCCGGCUGUCGUCAAGAAGAUUCUCAUGCGGCGACAAACCACCUUGGUUCGUGGAACAUGAGCAAAAUGACGAUCCUGACAUGGAAGGGGUAGAUUUCUUACUUGGAAGAGCGAAAGCCUACGUGCCACCUUUUCUGGAGGAAACGCCACAUGCCAAAGACGCUAUUUUGUUCACAGAGGUAGCGCCUUCCAAUGCCAGCAUUGACGACCUUGCAGACGAAGAGUGGAAGUUUCCCAUCGACCACUUUUCGUCCAAGAAGAAAGGGAACAGCAAAAAGCUCAAAGCCCCAAAACGUAUCAAGUCCUACUACAAGGCCCAGGAUGAGCUUAUCACGUCGUUUGAGGACGUCCAUCUUGACCUUGACGACGCAAUGGAGAACGCAGAUGACAAAUUGCGACUCCAAAGGCGGGUGAAUCUUUUGGCCAAGAUCACUUUGGCCGUCAAUGUGAUGCUUCUGAUUGCUAAGAGCGUGGCCGUGGCUCUAUCAGGCUCAAUCUCUAUCAUCUCCAGUCUCCUUGACAGUGCCAUGGACCUUGUAUCUGGGGCAGUCAUCUGGUGGACCUCCCGGGCCGUUCGCAAGAGGAACCCAUACUCAUACCCUCAAGGUCGUACUCGUCUGGAACCUGUAGGAAUCAUUAUCCUGGCGGUGGUGAUGGCGGUAGCAUCUCUGCAGAUUAUCAAGGAAUCCGUGACUAAGAUGAUCUCGUUGGCGGGAGGCGCGGAUUCAUUGCCAAACAUGGACAUUGCCACGAUCGCUAUUGCUCUGUCAACCGUGGUGGUCAAGUUUAUCCUGUACAUGGUUUGUCGUAAAGUGGACAGUCCUAGCAUACAAGCUUUAGCUCUGGAUCACAGAAACGAUGUUCUCUCUAACACCAUCGCCCUGAUUUUCGGUUAUAUAGGUUCCGCUGAACUUCGAGAAAAGUCGGGGAUUCUGCAGUUAGCGCACCUUGACCCCAUUGGUGCCAUUUUAAUUUCCCUCUACAUUAUCAUUAACUGGGGUAAUACGGCUUAUGAUCAAAUCAAGAUGUUAACGGGUUACACGGCCUCUCCGGAGUUUCUGAGUAAGAUUACCUGGAUCUGCAUGAAUCAUCACCCCAAGAUAAAACAGGUGGAAACCGUACGAGCUUUCCACUUCGGCAACAACUUUCUGGUCGAGGUUGAUGUGGUACUUCCGGAAAAACUGACCCUGAAGAAGGCGCAUGACAUUGGCGAACCACUGCAACAAAAACUGGAACGCUUACCGGAUGUGGAGAGAGCCUUCGUUCACCUCGAUUACGAAGUGGGUCAUCACCCACACCUAGAGCAUAAGAUCGUCUGA